CUCUAAACGACCAUAAUGUAACUUAAGCUAUAAAUAGCAUUGUAUAAACAAAUCUUCAAGCUCAAUCCUCGCUCAAAAUCAUAAUGUAACUUAGACUACAAUUUUUUUACCGAGUAAUAAAAUAACAAAAAAAAAUAUGAAACUCACAAUGUCAACCUCAAUGUGACACUAUAUAUGUUUAAAUUGAUAAUAAUACAUUUGCAUUUGUACUUUGUACCUACGUUUCUAACCAAGAAUACCACUUAAGCUAAGCAACAAACGGCCAAAAAUGAUGAACUCUCUUCACCAUCACAAGAAAUGGGAAAAGCUUAGCGGCCAAAACGAUUGGGAAGGCCUCUUAGAUCCCCUCGAUAUCGAUCUCCAACGAAACAUCAUCCACUAUGGAGAGAAGGCUCAAGCAUGCUACGACACCUUUGAUAGCACAAAAAUAUCGAAAUAUGCCGGUAGUAGUCGUUUCUCUAAGAAGAAUUUCUUCCCAAAAGUAGGGCUAGCAAACGGACGGCCUUACAAGUACCGCGUUACCAAGUUCUUGUAUGCAACUUCGGGAAUAGCUUUGCCUGAUGCAUUUUUGUUUAAGUCACUUUCGAGGGAGGCUUGGAGUAAGGAGUCUAAUUUUAUAGGGUAUGUAGCCGUGGCGGAGGACGAGUCGGUGGCUAUGUUAGGGAGGAGGGAUAUUGUUAUUGCUUGGAGAGGGACUAUACAAUCGUUGGAGUGGGUUAAUGACUUGCAAUUUCUUCAAGUUUCGGCUUCGAGUAUACUUGGUAAGGGUGAUGGAAAUGAUGAUCCUAAGGUGCAUGAAGGAUGGUACUCGGUUUAUACUUCGGAAGAUCCUAAAUCGCCAUUUAACAAGACUAGUGCAAGAUCCCAAGUUAUUCAGGAACUCCAAAAUUUAGUUGAACAAUACAAAGAUGAAGAGAUCAGCAUAACUAUAACCGGUCACAGUUUAGGUGCAGCCCUAGCUACACUAAACGCGGUUGAUAUAGUUGCCAACGACCUAAACAAACCCAAAGAUUUCCCAGCAAAAUCAUACUUAGUAACAGCCAUAAUAUUCGCGAGCCCUAGAGUAGGAGACUCCGAUUUCAAAAAGAUUUUCUCAAAAUAUGACAAACUUAAACUCUUAAGGGUACGUAACACCUUUGACAUCGUACCAAACUACCCUUUACUAGGGUAUUCCGACGUUGGCCAGGAGUUGGUGAUUGACACGACUAAGUCUCCGUACUUGAAGACCCCCGGUACGUUCACAAAUUGGCAUAAUAUGGAGGCAUAUUUGCACGGAGUUGCAGGAACACAAGGUAGUAAGGCGGCGUUUAAGUUGGUAGUUGAUCGCGAUAUUGCACUUGUAAAUAAGUCGAUGGAUAAUUUGAAGGAUGAGUAUCUUAUACCGGUUGCUUGGUGGAUUUUGAAGAAUAAAGGAAUGGUUCAACAGCCUAAUGGUUCUUGGUUAUUGAUGGAUCAUGAAAUGGAUGAUGAAGAUCAUUAUAUUGACUUUGACCUUUUCAUAUAAUAAUAUUUUUUAUUUCCAAAAAAUAUCUUUAUUUUUCCAUAGAAUCCAAAAAUUUGUGUAAUGUGUAGUUAUGGGUCAGAACUCAGAAGGAGUACAUUUGGACCUUUCUAGACCUGACCUCUUCGACGACAUUGAGUCUAUGUUUGUUUGUUUUUUUUUUUUUUUUUUAGUGUUUUUGGUUUCGAUUUCUGUUGUUUGGAUUAUCCUACCUUUGGCAUUACAAUUUAUCAUGGAUUCUUUAACUUUAA